AUGCCCAGCCCUGCCACCGGCACCGUGCUGCUGGCGCUCGUCCUCUGCGUCCUCCUGGGAGAUGGUAUGGGACAUCAUCCCCCGGAGACCCACCUGGCUGCCCACUCCAGGACCAAACGGUGCUCCUGCAACAGCUGGCUAGAUAAGGAAUGCAUCUACUUCUGUCACCUGGACAUCAUCUGGAUCAACACACCGGGGCACACCGCUCCCUAUGGCCUGGGAAGUCCGCCAAGGCGGCGCAGGAGAGCGCUCAGCAGGUGCGAGUGCACUCACUCCAGGGACAGCAUCUGUGCCACCUUCUGCCAGGCACAGCCUGGGUACCUCCAAAAUCUGAAGCUCCCAGUGAGCUCUGGAGCAUCCAUGAAGUCUCUACAGAGCAGUGAGAUGAGGCCUUCCCAUGAUGGGCUGCUGAGAGCUCUCAGGGACCUCGCUGCCUCCCGCCUGCGGCUCAGCAAGCAUCAGCACCGUUCCUGGAGGAGCACACAGCCAACGCUUCUGCCUUGGGAGAAGAACAUCUGGAAGAAGAAGAGAUAA